CCCCCGUUAUUAAUUUAUUAUUAUAUGGUCGACUAUAUAAACCCCUUGCUUGUAACAAACAUUAAGCCAUACAAAUUAAGUAAGCAACAUACCACAAUAGCACAGGGGAAUUAGUUGAGCAAGCGAUGGAUCCUGGGCUCCUCGUCGCCCUCACCCUGUUCCUCGCCCUACUCGUCGGCUUCUUCUUCCUCCGCCGCAGAAGCAGCUACAGCUGCGGCGAUGCGGCGAAGCAGAAGCGGAAGCUUCCGCUUCCGCCGGGACCGGUGGCGGUGCCGGUGCUGGGGAACCUGCUGUGGCUGCGGCGCUCGUUGAGGGACGUGGAGCCGCUCCUGCGCGAGCUCCACGCGCGGUACGGGCCCGUGGUGUCGCUGCGCGUGGGGUCGCGCCUCCUCAUCUUCGUCUCCGACCGCGACCUCGCCCACCGCGCCCUCGUCGCGCGCGGCGCCGCGUUCGCGGACCGCCCCGCGCCCCUACCCACCGCGCGCAUCUUCUCCGCCGACGGCCACAAUAUCACCUCCGCCCCCUACGGCCCGCUCUGGCGCCUCCUCCGCCGCAACCUCGUCGCCGAGACCCUCCACCCCUCGCGCCUCGUCCUCUUCGCGCCGGCGCGCUCCUGGGUCCUCCGGCUCCUCCUCUCCAAGCUCCGCGCCGACGCCGAGGGCGGCGGAAGCGUCGCCGUGAUGGGACGCCUCCAGUUCGCCAUGUUCGCCCUGCUCGUGCUCAUGUGCUUCGGGGCGAAGCUCGACGAGGAGGCCGUGGAGGAGAUCGGGGACGCGCAAAGGUCGCUCCUUUUGUACGACCUCAACAUCUUCGCGUUCGCGCCGUGGAUCACCAAGCGCCUGUUCCGGAAGCGGUGGGAGACCGCGAUGGAGAUGCGGGGGCGCCAGAAGCGGAUCUACGUGCCGCUGAUCGAGGCGCGGCGAGGGGGCCGCGGCGCGCCCGAGAGCGAAGGGAGCUUCGCGCACGCGUACGUGGACACGCUGCUGGGGCUGACGCUCCCGGACGAAGGGGGCCGCGCGCUCACCGACGACGAGAUGGUGGUGCUCUGCUCCGAGUUCCUCAACGCGGGCACGGACACGACCUCCACGGCGCUCGAGUGGAUCAUGGCCGAGCUGGUGAGGAACCCGCGCGUGCAGGACCGGCUCAGGGCCGAGAUCGAACAGGUGGUGGGCGCGCGCGGCGGGGACGACGGAGCGGCCCACGAGCGCGAGGUGAGGGAGGAGGAGCUCCAGCGCAUGCCGUACCUCAAGGCGGUGGUGCUCGAGGGGCUCCGGCGCCACUCCCCGGCGCACUUCGUGCUCCCGCACGCGGCGGCGGAGGAGGACGCGGAGCUCGGGGGUUACGCCAUUCCCAAGCACGCCUCGCUCAACUUCAUGGUGGGGGAGAUGGGCCUCGACGGUGCGGCGUGGGAGGCGCCCAUGGAGUUCCGGCCCGAGAGGUUCUUGGAGGGCGGCGAGGGCGCGGACGUGGACGUGACGGGGAGUAGGGAGAUAAAGAUGAUGCCUUUCGGGGCGGGGCGGAGGAUCUGCGCGGGGAUCAACGUCGCCAUGCUGCAUUUGGAGUACUUCGUCGCCAACAUGGUCAGGGAGUUCCAGUGGACCAAGGUCGACGGGGACGACGUCGACUUGACGGAGAAGUCCCAAUUCACCGUCGUCAUGAAGCACCCUCUCAGGGCCCGCCUCGUCCCCACCACCAAUUAAAUGAAAAAUUUCUACGCACUGAACUGUUCUGCCGCGGCCAACAGAUGAUAUAUAUGCCACACAGAAUUGUCGACUGCGUACUAUAUAUAUGCAGCGCACUUUGAACCCAAAUCUUGUAGGGUAGUAGAAUAUUUUGAAGUUUCUUUAUAGCUGGGCACGAUUUCUUGCCCUAGCUAGUUCUUUGGCAUUUAUUUGAUUAUGUACAUGAAUAAAGCUCCCUCUUUUGAGUGGUAAGUAUAUGAAUAAAAUUGGAAUUGGUGUUUUUAUCAUCCUAUA